ACCCGGCCAACAUGUCAUGGGACUCGAUAGAGUCGCGCGACUUCCUCGGCGGGGUGCCGGCGCACCAGCUGUCGGCGACGCGGCUUCUCAGCUCACCGGACCCGUCGCGACACCAUCUCGAUGAACAACAAGAAGUAUAUCCGUUCUCUGAAGAGUAUCCGGGGGGUCGGAACGGCGCGCUGCGCUGGGGGGCGCGGUUCGGGCCGGCGCACCGUCCGCCCACAGCCGGCCUGCUCGACUGCUUCCGCGCCUGUCGCUCCAGACUGGACCAAUAUCUGGCCAGGCGGAAGAUCGAGCGAGGAGUUCGGUUGUACGGUCAGAACGAACAGAGGCAGGCCGUGAAGAUCUGGCUCUCUGCUUUGCGCGGCGUGAGACACCGCAGCGACAAGUUCGCCUUGCUAGGACAUCUGUACCAGGCUUACAUGGACUUCGGGAAAUACAGAGAAUCUCUGGAGUUCGCCAACAGGCAGUUGGGCAUAUCGGAAGAGUUGGACUCGGCGCCGAUGCGCGCUGAAGCUUAUCUCAACUUGGCGCGAGCACAUCAGACUCUUGGAGGGCUGGACCGAGCCCUCUCCUACGCUCGUCAUGCCCUCUACAACGACUGCGGCGGGGGAUCUACAGCUGGCAGCGUGCAUCUAACAGUGGCCUCGGUCAGCCUGGAGCUUGGCGCCUUCUCGAAGGCGAUGGACGGCUUCCAGAAAGCUCUCGCUGUCGCGCAAGCACAGAAUGAUAACACGCUGCUGCUGCAAGUGUACGCGGGUCUCUCAGAGCUGUGGCGCCGUCUCCGCGACGAGGAGCGCGCGGUGGGUUGUGCCGCUCGCGCCUGCGACCUCGGCAGGGGACCGCGGGCGCUGGACCUCAACACCAGGCACCACCGCGCCGCCCUGCUGCAGAUGGCGGCGGCGCUGCGUGCUAGGGGAGCUGGGGAUGCUCAUGAUUACUGCAACGAGGCGCUGCGUUUGGCUGCAGUGGCGGGAGAUCAAGGUUGCUACGCGCGUGCGGUGCGCAUCGCCGGCGAUGUGUACAGGCGAAAAUGUGACAUCGGGAAGGCGCUCAGACACUACGAAGUAGCGAUGGGAGCGGGUCAGGCGCUGGGGGACAGACUGGCACAGAUGGAGGCCAUGGAUGGCGCAGCGCGGUGCCUAGAGGCGCUCCGGCUGCAGGGCAGGAUCUGUAACUGCAGGCCACUGGAGUUUAACACCAGGCUGCUGGAAGUGGCCACGUCGGUUGGUGCUAAGAUGUUAGUCCGUCGUGUGCGGCUGCGCCUGGCGGACAUCUACGUGGCGCUGGGCGAUGAGGGCGCGGCGGCGCGGCAGAGGCGCGCGGCGGCGGCGUGGGUGGCGCCGGGCUGCGCCGUGUGCCGCGAGCCGCUCGCCACGCGCGCCGAGCCGCUCGCCGCGCUGCCCUGCGCGCACAUCGUGCACCACGCGUCAGUAUAA